AUGGGACUUGCUCGCAAUGUCAUCGGCAUUAUCGGCAAUGUCAUCUCUUUUGGCCUCUUUCUUUCGCCAGUACCAACUUUCUAUCGGAUCUAUAAGAAGAAGGCAGUGGAGGAGUUUCAGGCGAUCCCAUACUUGGUCACAGUCAUGAACUGCAUCGCUUGGUGUUUCUAUGGCCUCCCCUUUGUUAAAAAGGACAACAUUUUAGUGUUGACCAUCAACGCCUUCGGUCUUGUCGUUGAAUUGACGUACCUAACCAUUUAUGUCAUUUAUGCCAAUGAUCGGAAGAAGAGGCUUACUGUUGCCUAUGUCCUCCUUGGUGAAGCGGCAUUGACAGUAGUCAUUGCUCUGGUGGCAAUGCUGGCCUUUCACGGCAGCCACAGAACUCUUUUCGUUGGAGUUAUAUCUGAUAUUUUCAACAUCUUUAUGUACGCCUCACCUCUGGCCAUCUGGAGAAAAGUGAUCACAACAAAGAGUGUGGAGUACAUGCCCUUUUGGCUCUCAUUGGCUGGAUUCUCUAAUGGUGUCUGCUGGACCAUUUAUGGCCUCCUUCCACCUGACAUCUUCAUCCUGGUAUCGAAUGGACUAGGAGCAAUCUUUGGGUUUAUGCAGCUGGUUUUAUAUGGAUACUAUUACUUCAAAGGGAAGGACAGUAAAAAGGACAAAAGGCAAGCAGCAGAGGUUCAGCUCUCUAAUCAGCCUGCUGGAGUUGUCUGAUUUAUC